AUGUUUCCGCUAAGGCAGUUAGUUAGCAAUGCCACCAGAAGGGUUGUGCCUAGUUUUAGGGCUAUGUCCAGCUCAGGCCCUUUGGUGGACACAACUGUUGACAAUGAAGGAAUAGCAACUGUGACGAUGCAGAGGCUACCGGUAAACAGCCUCAAUCUAGACCUUCUACAAGCCAUGGAUAAAGCACUUGAUGAAGUUACCAACAACAAAUGCAAGGGAAUGAUUUUGACAUCUGCAUCACCUACUGUGUUCUCUGCUGGGCUAGAUAUAAUGGAGAUGUAUAAACCAGAUAUGAAGAGGGUUGAAACUUUCUGGAAUACUUUACAAGAAGUAUGGACCAAGCUAUUUGGAUCCAGUUUCAUCACAGCUGCAGCCAUCAAUGGUCACGCUCCAGCAGGCGGCUGUCUCCUGGCAAUGUCCUGUGAAUACCGUGUGAUGAUGAGUGGGAAAUAUAGCAUAGGUCUGAACGAGACGGCGCUUGGUAUUGUGGCUCCCAACUGGUUCAUGCACACUAUGGUCAACACUAUACCACAGAGGCAAGCGGAGCUGGCCCUUACUACUGCUAAGAUGUUCUCUGUUGAUGAGGCUUUGAAGGUUGGUCUAAUCGACGAAACUGCAUCAGAUAAAGCAGAUGCGGUCGCCAAAUGCAAGCAAUUUAUCAAGAAGUUUGACAAGAUUCCACCGUUAGCCCGUUUCCUAACCAAACAGAAGAUUAGGGAAGCUCCAUUAAAAUGGAUGAUGGACAAUCGUACCCAAGAUACUCAAGAGUUCUUAAUGUUUGUGGGCCAUCCUAAAGUACAGAAAUCUUUAGAAAUGUACAUACAGGCUUUGAAACAGAAGGGUGGCAAAUGA